AUGUCGCGGGUGAUCCCGAGCCACGUGCUGCGGGUCGGGCAGAGCGUGUGCGUGGCGUCGCAGGAGGAGAGCGCGAGGCUGCGCGCCGCGGGCUGCGCCGCCUGCCCGCCCCUGCGCGGCUCCUUCGCCUGCUGCCCCGCGGCAGCGCGGUGCCGGGGCCACCCCUGCGCGCCGGGCAGCACCCAGCACGACGCCCCUCCGGAGAGAGCCCGUGUCCCCGGCCCGCCGAAGGAGGGGGACGCCAGCAUGGAGCCCCAUGCUCCCUUGAUGUCUCCUACCUUGGAUAUAUCAAUAGAAAGUCUCAACCAGCUGAUCCUGGAAAUAGAUCCCACCUUUGAGCCGCUCGCAUGCACGCCGGUCAAGGACGCUGCCCGAGCCGCUCCUCAGCGUGACCUUGCUGCAACCAAGAAACAAGAUGCAGAGGCAACAGACUUCAAGUACAUCGAGAUGACGCCGGCCAGGGCCCCGUGCCGGGAGCUGCUGCAGGGCUCGCCCAGCUCGCCGCUCUCCUCCUCGCCGCAAGACCCCUGGCCCCACAGAGGAGGGCUCCUCUGCAGCCCGCCGGGCUCCGAGAGCAUCGCCAUCCCGCCGGCGGAGGGCACGUCCUGCAGCCCCGGGGCGCCCCUCGGAGCGUCGCCCGCCCGCGACGCGCUGCGGAGGGCGCUGCACGUGGCGAGGGCGCCGCAGAGGGGCAGCGGCAUCUCCCUGCUCUCCAACAGCCCCGGCUCGGACACCAGCUACGUCCUGGGCAGCAGCACCCACUCGCUGCCCAGCGACGAUUCCGAUGCUGCCUGCGCUGGUGGCCGCUCGCCCGAGCGCCUGUCCCCCGCGGGACCCCUCGGCAGCCCCUGCCCGUCUUCCCUGGGCGUCCGACCUCCCGCCGGAGACGCCUUUGGGCCCGACUCCUUGCGGCCCAGGCCGAGCUGCUCCGCCAAAGCCAGCGCGUCGCCGCCGCAGAAGGGCCAGGCCAGCAGCUGCCCCGCUUCCAUCGUGAGCGCCGCAGCCGACGUCCCCGUGCUGCUGGUGAACGGGUGCCCGGAGCGCGCGGACGCAGCCGGAGGCGCCGCGGCCCCGGCGGAGCAGAGCCCCACUCCCGGCUGUGGCCCCUGCCUGGUGCCCGGCGCCCUCAACAACGCGCUGUCGGCCCCGCUGCUCUCCUGCGUCCCCGACAGUCCCCCCAGAGAUGGGCAACCCACCAUGAAGUUUGUGAUGGACACGUCGAAAUACUGGUUCAAGCCAAGCAUAACCAGGGAACAAGCGAUCCAGCUGCUGAAGGACAAGGAGCCAGGCACGUUCGUUGUGCGGGACAGCACGUCCUACCGGGGCUCCUUUGGCCUCGCCAUGAAGGUCCCCGUCCCUCCAUCAGGCAGCCAGACAGGCGACGACAGCGGUGACCUCGUCCGGCACUUCCUCAUCGAGUCCUCUGCCAAAGGGGUGCACUUGAAGGGGGCCGGCGAGCAGCUCUAUUUCGGGAGCCUCUCAGCCUUCGUGUACCAGCACGCCAUGACGGCGCUGGCGCUGCCCUGCCGCCUCCGCAUCCCCGGCCGAGAUCUCGCCGAUGGGGAGAACAGCCCCGAGUGGGCUCCAGAAUCUGCAGGGGCUCUGCUGCAGAAAACUGCUGCGUGCAACGUCCUGUACCUCAACUCGGUGACCGUGGAGACGCUGACGGCGGCCCCGGCCAUCCAGAAGGCCGUCUCGAGCACCUUCGAGCUGGAGACGCUGCCCACGCCGACGCUCGUGCACUUCAAGGCGAGCGAGCAGGGCGUCACGCUGACCGACGUCCAGAGGAAGGUGUUUUUCAGGAGACACUAUCCCCUGGCUUCCGUGCGGUUCUGCGGGAUGGAUCCGGAGAACAGAAAGUGGCAGAAGUACUGCCGGGCCUCCAGAAUCUUUGGGUUUGUGGCCAAAAGCCAGACGGAUUCGGAGAACGUCUGUCACCUGUUUGCCGAGUACGACACCGUGCAGCCGGCGUCCCUCGUCAUCGACUUUGUCAGCAAGCUUCUGCCAGGCCCGUAGAGGACACGAAUGCUGGGACUGUGGGGCUGGUGCUGCCCCUGUCCUGCUGAGAC